AUGAAGUGGGAUGCUAGCGGAAGGCAGUUGGAAGGCUACAGGGACCCAGGAGAACUAGAAGGACCUGGAUUUCCAGGUAAGGUUGUAUAUGUCAGUCUUGAAAGCGGAAUAGAAAUGCUUGUCCGUCCAGGAAGCACAAAGCCCCAGAUACAAGAGGAACCCCUUUUGUGUUCUCUGCAGUUUCCCCAGCAGUCAGAGUGCUGUUCUCAAGGAAACCAUUAUGUCAGCAGGAUUGAUUUUUCCGCUGGGCCCCGGGGAUGGCAGCAGCGGGCAGCAGGCCAGGUGUGGGGAGCCCGGGAAGGGGCGGAAGAACCAGAGUUGCAGGGCAGGACACCAGUCCUAGUGGGCGAGGGGCCCAUCGUACUCCAGUAUGACCUCAUCUUAAUUAGCUACAUCCGCAGUGGCUCUGGUUCCCAGAAAGGCCACACUGUGAAGCAGAUUAAGACCUACAGUGACAAUCAGCAGCUGGCAUCUGGGAACAGAGUAUUUUACUCCUCCCUCAGAAUAGAUGGAGACCAGAAAUUGGACGUUUAUGCAGAAAGGCAGGAUUUCAUCCAGCACUUAUCCCAGAUUGUCGAGGUGCUGACUGAGGAGGACACUGGGCACCCAGAGACAGGAGAUGCUAUUGCCCGACUCAAGGAGGUCCUGGAGUACUGUGCCAUCCGAGGCAAGUACCUUCGGGGUUUGACGGUGCUGGUAGCAUUCUGGGAGCUGUCGGAGCCCAGGAAGCAAGAUGCUGACAGUCUCCGGUGGGUCAUGACUGAGGGCUGGUGCGUGGAACUGCUCCAAGCCUUCCUCUUGGUGUCAGACAACCUCAUGGAUGCAUUCUUCACCCGAGGGGGGCAGAUCUGCUGGUAUCAGAAGCCAGGCAUAGGUUUGGCUGCCAUUCACGAUGCUUUCCUCUUGGAAGCAUGUAUCUACCGCCUGCUGAAGCUCUGCUGCUGGGAGCAGCCCUAUUACCUGAACCUGAUCGAGCUCUUCCUACAGAGUCCUUAUCAGACUGAGAUCGGACAGACCCUGGACCUCAUCACAGCCCCCCAGGACAGUGUGGAUCUUGGCAGAUUCACUGAAAAGAGGUACAGAUCUAUUGUCAAAUACAAGACAGCUUUCUACUCCUUCUGUCUUCGUAUAGCUGCUGCCAUGUAUGUGGUGGGCAUUGACGGGAAGAAGGAGCAUACUGAUGCCAAGAAGAUCCUGCUGGAGAUGGGAGAGUUCUUUCGGAUUUAGGAUGAUCACCUCCAUCUCUUUGGGGACCCCAGUGUGAUGGGCAAGAUCGGCACUGACAUCCAGGACAACAAGUGCAGCUGGCUGGUGGUUCAGUGUUUGCCACGGGCCUCUCCGGACCAGUGCCAGAUCCUGCAGGAGAACUUUGGGGCCGAGAAGGUGGCCCGGGUGAAGGCGCCCGACGAGGAGAUGAAUCUGCUGGCUGUGUUUACACAGCACAAGGAGGACAGUUACAGCUACCUUAUGGGUCUCACGGAGCAGUAUGCUGUGCCCCUGUCCCCAGCCACCAUCCUGGGGCCAGCACACGAGAUCUACAAGCAGAAAAAACCCCCUAAAAGUCACAUGAAUGCAGUUAUCCUUCCAACUUUGACCCCUCGGUGGAGGGAGGAGACUAAUUUGCUCAGGUUGAUACAGUCAGAAAAGCCAGAAUUUGAGUUCAAACAGUGUGACUCUGGUGCAGGGGUCUGGAAACUGGCCCACAGGCCUGUCUGGCUCACCUUCUGUUUUUGA